CAAAGGCAUUGGUUUGUGUCCUUCGCCAUAUUUCGGUAAAGCCGUGGAGGUGAGAGCAAAGCUCAUACCAACAAAAAUGAUAUCCGUAACAAAAUCUCCACUUUUAUAUGCAGUUUCUCAAGUAAUUGCUGGUGGAGCAAGGCCUUCUGUAACCGCUUUAGCCACAAAAAGUGAAAAAAUUGUAGUACUUCCUCAGCAAAUUGCGAAGAGCAGCUACUCCUUGUCGAAGCUGAUACCAAGUGGAACUGAACGCAUUUCAGUAUCGCUGUGCGCUCCAGCGCAGGUGCGUUAUGCCCACACAGAUAUCCAGGUUCCAGAUUUUUCGGCCUACAGGCGAGACAGUGUCAAAGAUAAACGUAGCUCAUCAGAUGCUUCAGCUGAUUCUAGACGAUCCUUUACAUACAUGAUUGUUGGAGGUGGUGCAGUUGCAGCCACUUAUGCAGCCAAAGCCGUAGUGAGCGACUUUGUUUCCACCAUGUCUGCUUCGGCUGAUGUCCUUGCUCUAGCUAAAAUCGAGAUUAAACUGGAUGACAUCCCAGAGGGCAAAAACAUGACCUUUAAAUGGCGUGGCAAACCUUUGUUUGUGCGCCAUCGCACAGCUGAAGAGAUUGCUGCAGAGCAGAGCGUAGAUAUCAACACCUUACGUCACCAGGAGGCAGAUUCUGACCGUGUACAGAAACCUGAAUGGCUGGUGUUACUGGGUGUCUGCACACAUUUAGGAUGUGUACCUCUUGCUAAUGCAGGUGAUUAUGGAGGUUACUACUGCCCUUGCCAUGGUUCUCACUACGAUGCCUCUGGUCGAAUCCGCAAAGGUCCAGCUCCCUUAAACAUGGAGGUUCCAGAAUACACGUUCCCCGAGGACAAUAUACUUCUAGUUGGGUAGACCAUCAAAAUAGGUCCAAUGCUCAUUUUUAGAUCAGUUUGCACUGUUAAUGUGCAGCAUAAUUUUUGUUCCCAGUUGGCCUAGUUGCAUGCAUUGGGCAUAAAUGACAACAGAGUGUGAAUUCACAGAUAGCAUAAGGAUACAGGAAAAAAAAUUUAGAGGGAAAGUGCUGAACUCUGUGGUGCAAGGAAAUGAACUUGGAUGUCUGCAAAUAUAAAUUUCUUUAAAAUGUGAAAAAAAAAAAAA